CUGCCUCUUAAAGCCGAGUGAGGAAGAGUGAGAUCUGCACAGCUGAGAGAGAGCAGCACUGAGGAGGGACAAACACACACACACUUUUACUGACUCUUUAUCACACACAGAGAACAAGAAGCCUUUUGUACACAUACACAUACACACACACACACACACACACACACACACACACACACACACACUUUGCUGGACCCUGGACUGAUCUUUGAGGAUACAUCUCCCCCAGGACUCUGUUUCCCAUCAUGCACCACAGGAGCCACCUGGAGCUCCAGGGGGCCUCGGCCAUAAGGACUACCCAGGAUGGAGCCUCCCGAUGGGGCUCCAGGCUGAGGAAGGGGGCUUCAGCACGGUGCUGCCUCAGCCCGCCGAGGGCAGCUCCUCUCUGGGCUUGGCUCCUGCUGGGGGUCCUGGUGGUCCCUGGAGCCUGGAGCUCUCUGAGUGAGGAGCAGGAGGAGCUGCUGGUGGAGCUUCACAACCACUACAGAGGACUGGUUUCCCCCAGCGCCUCGGCCAUGAUGCCACUGAAAUGGGACCCCAGUCUGAAGGUGAUAGCAGAAGGCUAUGCUGCUAAAUGUGUCUGGAACCACAACCCUGACCUGGAGGAGACCGGAGAGAACCUGUACGCCGGGACCAAACCUCUGGACCUCCGAGAGUCUCUGGAGGAAUGGUUUCUGGAGAACCUGAGCUACGACUUCAACAACAACAGCUGUGACGAGGACAAGAUGUGUGGACACUACACGCAGAUGGUGUGGGCGGACACACACAGAGUGGGCUGUGCUGUGCAUGUCUGUACUGACAUGGAGGGUCUGAACUGGGGGAGAACCAACUUCCUCGUCUGCAACUACUACCCCGCAGGGAAUUAUGAAGGUGAGCGGCCGUACGUUGAAGGUGAUUGGUGCUCCAGGUGUCCUGAGAACCUCCAGAAGUGUGAAAACAACCUCUGUGUGGACGACACACUGGACGAGAUGGAUGACGACGUAGACGACGGUGAGGACGAAGACGUGACAGAGAUUCCUGCGACGACUGAACCCGUCAUCCUGCUGGAUGAGGAACCAGAGGAGGAGAUAAAGGAGGAAGAGGAGGCGCACGUUCCUCCUCCUGCAACCACUGACAUGUACAUCCAGCUUGACACCACAGCACCACCCACAGCUCCACCCGCAGCUCCGCCCACAACAACCAGUACCCCCAGUAACACCACCACCUCUGCAGAGGACAUGGAGGAAGUCCAAGCAGAAAUCACCCCAGAAGAAAACACCCCAGACCCCGGCACACAGGCUCCAGACGCCCCCCCAACCACACCUGAAAGACAGGAGGAGGGGGUCAAAGUAAACGUGGAGGAGGUGGAGGUGGAGGAGGAGGAGGAGGAGGAGGAGAAGAUAAAGGAGAAGGAGGAGAAAAUAAAGACGGCAGAAAAAGCAGAGAGAGACAUGGUUGGAAAAAUAUUCCAGGAAGUUACGAUGAGCGCUGCUUCAGUAUGUUCCCCCUCUGUCCUGUUAGCCUGCGUGACAGGGGUCCUGACUCUGAGGCUGUGAGGAGGGGGGCAAGGUGGAGGAGGAGGAGACGAUACGUUCACUUCAUCAGUCUCGCAUUGACUGCACAUGACCUUUGUAAAUCAAUCCUGAGGUAACAAACAGCUUCCAGUCCCUCUCUGCAGAGUAAUUAAUAAAUCACAUUAAUCAGAAAACUGCUGCAGCUCUGUAAAGCUCUGUAUGAAGUCCAGGCUGAGAUCUGGAGCAAACACUGAGUGAGAAACCCACCGUGAAGUAAACACUGAGAGUCAAUAAAUGUGUCAUCUGCAUAUAAAAAAGACAAAUUUAAAGCACAGACUCUACAUUAAAUUGAAGGAUUCUAGUAAAGUUUUAAAGGUCACAUAUUCUGUAAAAUCCUCUUCUCCAUGUUCCUCUAGUCCGUCUACAAACCCCCCCAAUGAUGAGAAAAGUCCAUCCUCUCCGUCUUCUUCCUGCUCCACUUUUCAGAAAAUGUGUGCUCAAACAGGCCGUUUGGAGAUUUUCCCUUCAUGACAUCACAAAGGGCAGUAGCCCCUCCCCCAGGUGGGUGACACUCCCACAGCUAGGUGUUUGUUCUGCCCUCUGAGUCUGUCUUCUCACCGUAAACAAUAGGACAUGGAGCGAGAAAGACCGAGUACACCCAAGUCCUUCCAGAGAGGGGGCGUGGUCAGACACAGCUCAUUUACAUAUUUAAAGGUACAGACACAGAAACAGCCUGUUCUGAGCAGGGCUGAAAUAGAGGGGUUUAUAGACAUGAUCAAAUACAGGAUCAGAGUGGAUUUAGAAGAAACUUCACACACAUGUUGAAGAGGAGCUCUGGGAAUUUAAACUGAAGAGGAGGAUAUGUCACCUUUAAAAACAAACGUAUAUUCACUUUCUAUUUAAGCGACCUGUUCAGGGAGAUUUAAAUCUAAUUUCUGUAGUUAUGCGUUUAGCCUAGCUUAGCAUGAACACUUGGAGCAGAGGGAAACAGCAAGCCUGGCAUUGCAGUUCAAGAUUUAAAAAAACACUUUUAGUUUGAGAGGAUGAGCAAAGACCACCUCUAAAGGCCCGUCCUCUACACGUCUUUUUCUGACUUAAUUUCUCAAACUGUCUCAAUAUAAAAAGUCAUCAGCCGGUUGUAGCAAGAUUACAGACUUUCACCUUCCUGCCUUUAAAGCUCCAGAGUCUAGAGACCAAAGGACUCAUCGUCUCUACUAUGACACUCGGUUCUUAAACAGUCUAAACAACUAAACCGAGAGCAGCGCCAGAAAAAAAGUUGCUUCUCUUCGUCUUCCUCAACGUUGUUUCCGUAAAUCAUCGUCACACACCUUCAGGCCGGAGAGGAGGCUGAUCCAUGAUCACACAGACUGCUGUCAUGUUCUGAGCGAACACAAAUGUUAUCUGAUAUAGAAGAAACAACAGUCACACAAAAUGUCCCGCCUUGUUUGAAGAGUUCUAGCCGUUUACCCUCGUUUCUCAUCUUUAUGCUAAGCUAGGCUAUUCUUAGCAUGAGCUGAUUUUCCCUGAAUCUGAGAGCAGACCGAGCUGAACACCGACAUGUUGUGACUCGUCUUUAUUCUGCACACGUUGACCUGAGCGUUCAUCAUGACGUCGUGAAAAUAAAUCAACAAAGAACUAAACAGAAACGAGUUCCUGACCGAUGCAGGACGCCAGAUUACAAACAAGCAGAGCUGGACUGAAAACUAAAUGACAGGUUUUAAAGCUGUAACAGAAGAAGACGACCUCCUCGUGUUAGUCGUUCACAGAAUCAUCUCAUGUGGAAUAAACCACUGUCAACAUAAAGUCAAGAAGCGGGUGACAUUUUCCCUUUGAGUGUUUUUUUUUAGUGUUUAGUAAUGAAAGAGGAACGCUUGCUGUUUGUUGUGUGUCAAACUGACGACCCUGCUUCUUCUCUUUCAUUCAUAUAAUCCACUGUUCAUCAUUUAUUCUGGAGCUGGACCGAGUCUGGGAGGAUCCUGUGUUACACUGUCUUAGACUACAGGACAUUAGUAGAACUAUAACGUUUGCAAUGAUCGAUGUAAAUGUCUGUAUAUAAGAUUAAUAAAGAAUUAAACUUUUUCUUCUUCUUUUGGACAAA